AUGGAAAAAUUCAAUGUAUUCCAUGAUGCUACCACAAAUUUACUGAUGACUUAUUUAGCAUGGAUGACAUAUGCUAUGUUGUUACUUAUGCUUGCAACUAUAAUCGUUCAUUAUUUGUCUAUUAGUGCAAUCGGAUCUGGUAUACCAGAGGUUAAAGUUAUACUGCAAGGUGUGAAUGUAGAGAAGCAUUUAACUUUCCGCACUUUAGUCUCGAAAUUAAUUGGCUUAAUGCUUGCGAUUGGUAGUGGUUUUCCAAUUGGCAAAGAGGGGCCAUUCGUACACAUGGGCUCUGUAGUAGCGCAUUUAAUGCGACGUUUGGUGAUAGGUAUUAAACCAGCUUAUGCAAACGAAUCUCGAAGUAACGAAUUAUUGGCAGCAGGAUGUGCUGCUGGUGUAGCAGCAACUUUUAGCGCUCCUGUAGGAGGUAGUUUGGAAAUUUUGCUUGGCCAAGGUGUAUUAUUUUCGAUUGAAGUAACUACAGCGUACUUUGCUGUUCGUGAUUAUUGGCGUGGAUUUUUUGCAGCUGCAUGUGGUGCAGCUACUUUUUCCCUUUUACGUGUAUGGAUUCAUCCAUUUGAAGUAACUGUGGCUGCACUAUUUCAAACUAAAUUCAGACAUCAGUCAUACUAUCCUGAAGAAUUACUCAUCUUUGCUCUCAUUGGUAUUAUCUGUGGUUUAGCUAGUGCAAUAUUUAUUCUCAUUCAUCGACGAUAUGUACUUUUUCUUCGUCGCAACAACUACAUGAAACAAUUAUUCCAAAGACAUUGGAUUGUUUAUCCACUUACAAUUUCUAUGAUUUAUGCAACUAUAACAUAUCCAUAUGGUUUUGGACAAUAUAUCACUGGACAAACAGUGUUUGCACGAUCGUUACUUGACUUCUUUGCCAAUUGCACAUGGCACGUAAGUCCAUUGCACGCAGAAGCUUGUAAUGAAUUCUUGAUUGCACGAUGGAAAGUUCAUGAUUCUGUCUUCAUUGAACUUAUAAUAUUUGUCAUCGGUUUUUAUUUUUUGGCGAUUGUUGCAAGUACAUUACCAGUUCCAGCAGGAAUAUUUAUGCCGGCAUUUGUUAUUGGAGCAGCAAUUGGUCGGUUAAUUGGAGAAUUUGUAGCUUUAAUUUAUCCUCAUGGUUUCCGUGAAGAUCAACAGUUGCUCAUACUUCCUGGGAUUUAUUCUGUUGUUGGUGCAGUAUCGUUUUGCGGAGGUGUAACACAUACUGUUUCUGUUUCUGUAAUUGCAUUUGAGUUGACUGGCCAACUAUUACAUAUACUUCCUGUAAUGAUAGCAGUUAUAUUGGCGAAUAUUGUGUGUUCUUCGCUUCAACCUUCAUUUUUUGAAAGUAUUAUUAAAAUCAAACAUUUACCAUAUUUUCCUGAUAUUCCAAAAUUGACAUCAUGGGCACAUGAAAUAUGCGUCGGACAAAUUAUGGUCAAAAAUGUCAAAUUCUUAACAAAGCAAAACACGUACUACGAAUUACAAGAAUUGCUUUCAAGUCCUCAAAAAUUAUUAGCGUAUCCAUUGGUCGAUAACGAAUCAUCGAUGAUAUUGCUAGGAUCAGUAAGUCGUGAGAAUUUACUGCAAAUGUUGCAUCGAAUAGUGGGUGAUGAAGCACGACACGCUGAAUAUUUACGACGAAUUCAAUCUCCCAAUCAAUUAUCAGAAGGAGCUUUUGAUCCUCCUAAGUUUUAUAUGGGUUGUAUCUCUUCAAAAGUAUCUUAUGCAGAUCAGAACAAACAGUCUUCACAAGAAGCACAACCACCUCCAAAUGAAUCACCGAAUACAGAAUCGCGGCGAGGAUCGCUUUUAAAGACGUCGCUCAGUGAUUGUGACAUGCGAAAAUCAUGUAGAGCUGAAUCAAAAAAAGAAUCAUCUGAUGAAGUUACAUACAAUCGUUUAACGAAGUCUUAUUCCGGGCAUGAUAUACGUGGAACUCUCGGAAAUAUGUUCGAGAAAAUUUCGCAUACAUUUCGGACAUGGAAGCGAUCAGAAGACCUCACUGGAGAAGAACGUCAAAUAUGGGAAAAGCAACAAUUGAGCAAAAUAAUUGAUUACUCCGAAACUAUCAUUGACUCAGCGCCUUUUCAACUAGUAGAAAACACAUCUUUGUACAAAGUUCACUCGAUUUUUUCACUUCUUGGAAUACGAAGAGCGUAUGUGACAAAAUAUGGUGUAUUGAUUGGUGUAGUUGCUGCAAAAGAAAUUGUAACAGCAUUCGAACGGAUGCAAGCAGGAACUUUAACAACAACAAGCAGAAAGCCAGCUGGUGAUGAACAAGAAAGAAGAAGUAGCGAGCAUGGAGAAACAGGUUUAUUAGAGGAUGAAAGCAGCGAAUCUGAAUCCGAUAACGAAGAUCUUAUUUUACCACGAGUAGAAUUUGAUAAAUCAACGGCAAGUGAAAUUUUAGAAGCGAAAUUCGCAGCCAUGCGUGCUUCAAGUAUGUCUCGUUUCUACUGCUUAUCAGACAGGAAUCGCCGUAAAAGCUAUCCGAAUUUUGUGAGAAAAUCUCGUGAGAAACCAGUAUCUCGUUCAAUUGAAAGAAGAAAUUAUGAUGGAAUGUUGAAAUUACGAUCAAGUAUGGAUGAACAAGUAGUGAAGCAGAAGUUAGAUGAAAUUAUCAGGAAUCCUCAAAUUUUGAAAAGUGACUCUCCAAAACAAACGACUCAAUUCGAUAUUGAACGAGGAGUAACAAGGAUUCCUUGCACAGGUGAGUAAAU